CUCUGAUUCGAUGCUGAAUGGAGAAUUUUAGCAAUACUGCUUUCACUUUUCGCCAUUGCCUGGGUUUUCCUGUGCCAAGAACUGCAACGCGGACGAACAAGACAAACAGAAGACAGAGCACCACCAACCAGCCAGCGUCACCACGCCGCCGCGAUGAGUGAUCCACGCGCGGUGCUGUCGAGCGACGAGGAGGAUGAGGUGCCAGAGACGCAGGCUCCCAUGAGCAACGGGUCGAAGAACAAGAAGGCAGGAGAAGGAGGUGGCAGCCUCUUGGCAGAUUACCGCGACGAUGACUAUGGCGAUGACGAGGACGAGGAUGAGGACGCGGACAUGGACGAGGACGAUGAGGACGAAGACGACUAUGACGACGACGAGGAUGACUACGCCUCGGCCAAGCGCCGCAAGAACACUGGCGGCCGGCGCCCACGCAAGCGCAAGAAGGCGAGCGGCCGUGACUUUAUCGACGAAGCUGAGGUUGGCGACGAAGAAGAAGAAGUGGAUGAUGAUGAGGCUGAGCUGCACAUGCCGGAAACGGCAUACGACCGCAUGGCCGAGAAACACUGGGCCACCACGCAGCAGAAGCGCCAACAGCGCGGCGAUGUCCUGGCGGAAAUGGAGAAGCGAUACAGAGAACAGGCGCAGAGGUACGAGGAGGCGUCUGCCGUGUCGCAGGGGGCGGGCGCCGCCAUGGCCGAGGACCUCGACGACUUUAUCGAGCGCGACGAAGAGCCUGGCGCAAUGAUGGGCGAGGAGGAGGCCGGCAUCUCCCUUGCAGAGCCCGAGAUUCAGCCUACAAAGGAUGACCCGAUUGUGUGGGCGGUGCGGUGCAAACCCGGCGGUGAGCAGGAAGCGGCGAUCAAGCUGAUGCGCAAGGCAAUGCAGGCCGCCAUGAAGGGCGAACCCCUCGCUAUCAAGAGCGUCAUCGGAUACAGGCAGCAGCGGGUUGUUGGUGGGCGGUCGUACAUCUACGUGGAGGCGUACAGCAGAGAACACGUCAAGCACGCAAUUGCUGGCAUUGAGGAGCUUGUGUAUGGGCAGUGGACGCAGGAGCUGGUGGAGAUGGAGGCACGCCCCGCCCUCCUGCGCGUCAAGAAGAGGAAAAUCAACGUGAAACCGAACCAGUGGGUGCGGAUUAAGCGCGGCAUCUACGCCAACGACCUCGCAAAGGUUGUGCGGGUGAAUGCGACGGUUGACCCGCCGCGCGUUGAGGUGCACCUCGUCCCGCGCAUCGACCUCACCCCGCAGCGCCGCAAGAAGAAUGCGCGCAAGUUCCGCCCGCCCCAGCGCCUCUUCAACCGCGAUGAGAUUGACCAGGCCAUCCCAGACGCGGAGGUGAUGUGGGACAGCUUGCGUGACGAGUACCGGUUUGAGAACAACGCGUACACGGAGUCUGGAUUCCUCAUCAAGCGCAUCCCCAUUUCGGGCGUGCUCACCUCGGCUAUCAAGCCGACGCUUGAAGAGCUGUCGAUGUUUGAGAUGACGGAGGAUGCGCACGUGGAGAUGGAGCUGCCUGACGAGCCCUCGCUCCAGCCCGCAUUCGCUGUUGGCGAUCGCGUCGAGGUCGUCGGCGGUGACCUCAAGAACCUCACAGGUGAGAUUCUGUCCAUCAACGCGAGUUCGCAGCAGGUGGAAAUCCGGCCCGACAGCGACGAGCUCAAGAAGACGGGCAUUACGCGGAUCCCGUUGCCCAUCUCGGAGGUGCGCAAGGCGUUCCACAUGGGCGACCAGGUCAAGGUCAACCACGGCAGAUACAAGGGCGAGACCGGCCUUGUUCUUCGUGUGACGGAUGACUUCGUCAGCGUGCUCUCCGAUCUCUCCCUCAAGGAGAUUCGCGUGCUUGCAAGCGAUCUUGAGAUGACGACGACGGUGGCGUCUGGCCGCGACGUGCUCGGGCAAUUCCGGCUGCACGAUCUGGUGCAGUUCAACAACGCCAACGUCGUCGGCUGCAUCAUCCGCAUCGAGAACGAACAGCUCAAGAUCCUUGACCAGCGCGGGCAGGAGCGUGAUGUGCGCCCGCAAGAGGUGCGGCCGCGCCAGCGCCGCGGAUCACCACAGGCGCUCGACAAGCACCAGAACGUCAUUGGCACGGGCCUCAGCGUCAAGGCCGUCGACGGGCCAAACAAGGGCCGUGAGGGGAAAGUGCUGCACAUCCACCGACGGUUUGUGUUUGUGCGGCAGCCGUCCAUCCUUGAUCGCGGCGGCAUCUUCGUCGCAAAUGCAAACCACCUUCAGGUUGUUGGCGCGUCGACCCGCCCCGCUGCAAACAUGACGGGUGCAGAGUCGCCGCGUGCCGUGCUCAGCCGGUCGACGGGCGGCGCUGCCCCUCGCGGUGGCGGCGGUCGUGGUCGCGGGGGCCGUCCGCGCAGGGACCCGCUCUUCCACAAGCUCGUCAUCGUCACCAGCGGGCCGCACAAGGGCAAGCAGGGCAUUGUGAAGGAUGCGACACCAACAAAUGCGCGAAUCGAGCUGCAGAGCCUUUGCCGGACAAUCACCGUCGAUCGGCAAGCCAUCAAGGAGGCUUCCACGCUCAACCGCGCCACCACCUCCCUCUCAACCCCGUUUGGCGGACCUCAGAUGGGCGGUGUUCAGCACGGUGCACAGACGCCGCUGUACGGCGCACAGACACCGAGCUAUGGCGGAUCCCGCACGCCACACUACACGGGAUCAGAGACGCCGCGCCUUGGCGCGGAGACGCCUGGCAGCCGCACACCCGGGUACGACUACAACGACUCUGCGUGGAACCCCAACGUGCCCAACACCCCUGCCCCGGACACACCCGCCGGGAGAAGCCCUGCCUUCCAGCAGACGGCCGAGUGGGACGUGUCCGAUGUCACCAGCGAACCGGCGAGCGUGCGUGCGGAGACACCCCACGCUGGGCCUGCCACCCCUGGGCAGCCGAACACCCCGGGAGACAGGAGCUACAACGCAGCCUUCACCCCGGCAUGGGAGUCAGGAUACAGUGGAUCCACGCCAACCGCAGGAACGCCAGGCUUUGGUGCGCCAGCAACACCUGGCACGGGCUCCACCCCUGGCAUGCCACCCGCCACCCCCGGCACACACAUGCCUGCAACGCCCGGGGAGGCAGUCGGCACGAGCGGUGCUGGCGGUGCGCCGUGGCUCGUGCCAACCGUCUCCGUCCGCGUCGUCUCGUCCGGGCAGCAGGGCACGAUUUCAAAUGUUGACGGCGGCAGCGUCUCUGUUGCGCUGGAUGAUGGCAGCGCCACCACCGCCCCCGCCGAGGACCUUACGCCCAUCGACCCCGUCAAGAACGACCGGGUGUAUGUGAUGGAAGGCGACCAGCAGGGCAUGCGUGGCAUGCUCGUCAGCAUCGACGGCGUGGAGGGCGUCGUCAAGUUCUUUGAUCCACCUUCGCUGAAGAUUAUCCCCAUGGCCCAGCUGACGCGCUGCGCUGCCGACGCUGCCGCCGCUUAACGAGCACCUCCCCUAUCUCCUUCACCCCUCAUGCUUGUUUGUUGCUGAUGGCGCUAUUGUUUGCUGUGUUGUGUGAUGUGUGCGUGUGAUGUGUGCGUGUGUGCGUAGUGUGUGUGUGUCAUGUGUGUGUGUGUGUGCUAUGCGUCACCGCCAUACACACAAGCAAGCAAG